UCUGUACUUAAGCUGCUGUUGCUUCUGCAUAUUCUGGUUUCUGUGUUGCUCUCUAACUGGCUGGUAAAUCUAACGGGAGAAAAGAGAAACAAUAUACAGAGCUCCCUGGAUCCCUGAAUUACACCAAGGAAAUACAAAUAAGAUAUUUCAACAAGUAAAUCAAAUGGGUGAAGGAAGCUUGAGGAAAAGAAAAGAACAGGACAACAGAACAGAGGAUGGACAAUCCAUUCAGAGUCAGGAACCCCAAGCUAUGAACCUAAAAAAAGAGGUGGGCCUGAUUAGUGGAAUCUGUAUGAUCGUUGGCACAAUUAUUGGUUCAGGUAUCUUUGUUUCUCCAAAAUCAGUACUUGCCAAUGUUGGAGCAGUGGGUCCUUGUUUAACCAUCUGGGCAGUCUGCGGAGUUCUCGCAACACUAGGUGCACUUUGUUUUGCUGAACUUGGUACAACGAUCACAAAAUCAGGAGGAGAAUAUCCUUACCUUAUGGAGGCCUUUGGCCCAAUACCAGCAUUUCUGUUUUCUUGGGCGAGCCUGCUUGUCAUAAAACCCAGUUCUUUCGCUAUCAUAUGUCUCAGCUUUGCAGAAUAUGCAUCAGCUCCCUUUUAUCCAGGUUGUGAUCCACCUCAAGUAGUCAUCAAGUGCCUUGCAGCAGCUGCCAUUGUGGUAAUUACAAUAGUGAAUUCACUGAGUGUGAAGCUGGGAAGUUAUCUCCAGAAUUUUCUCACAGCUGCUAAAAUGAUAGUUGUGGCAAUCAUUGCCAUAAGUGGGAUUGUUCUCCUUGCACAAGGAAAAACCCAAAACUUUCAAGAUUCUUUCAAGGACAGUAAAAUUUCUAUUAGCUCUAUUGGUUUGGCAUUCUACAAUGGACUCUGGGCAUAUGAUGGAUGGAAUCAACUCAAUUAUAUCACAGAAGAACUGAAGAAUCCUUACAGAAACCUACCACUAUCUAUAAUUAUUGGAAUCCCCCUGGUUACAGUUUGUUACAUUUUGAUAAACAUUUCAUAUUUCACCAUAAUGACUCCAACAGAACUCCUGCAGUCCCAGGCAGUUGCUGUGACAUUUGGAGACAGAGUCCUUUAUCCAGCCUCCUGGAUAAUUCCUCUCUUUGUGGCCUUUUCUACAAUUGGAUCUGCCAAUGGGGUAUGUUUUACUGCAGGCAGACUUGUUUAUGUAGCAGGCCGUGAAGGGCACAUGCUAAAGGUGCUCUCUUACAUCAGUGUUAAGCGCUUAACACCAGCGCCUGCUAUCAUAUUUUAUGGGGCUAUCACUAUUAUUUAUAUUAUCCCUGGUGACAUUAACACACUCAUAAACUAUUUUAGUUUUGCGGUCUGGAUAUUUUACGGUUUAAGUGUAUUUGGACUUAUUGUUAUGAGGUUUAAAAGAAAAGAACUCAAGAGACCAAUCAGGAUACCUUUGGUCAUUCCAGUUAUAGUGACAUUAAUAUCCAUUUUAUUGGUACUGGCACCAAUCAUCACCGCAGCUGAACUGGCCUAUUUGUACUGUGUUUUAUUUAUACUAAGUGGACUUAUAUUUUAUGUACUUUUUGUUCAUUACAAGUUCAAGUGGUCUCAAAAAAUAUCAGGUAAGCAUACCUCCUCAAUCGCCAUUCAACAGAACAUUCUUAAGCUUUACAGUAACUUAAGGUUAAAGUAACUACUCCAACAAAGCUCAUUUUAUGGUCCACCCCAACUAAAUUAUAUAGUGGAGGAAACAGAAAGGGAGGCAAUUUUCCAGACAGAGAAGUUAGUAAAGCUCACUGCGUGUCACUGAAGAGUGUUUUAUCCAUUUCUGCAAAAGAAAAGGAUGUCCAACUUAAAGCAACAAAGAAACUUAGUUUGCAGCUCUAUACAUCGCAGUAGUAACGCAAAGAAGCACUUUUUAAAUAAGCAGAACUACUUUAGCUGUAACGUUAGCUUUUCAGAAAGUUCCUCCAGUCCAUAAUUAGAGAGCAGCAAAUAUUCUUAUGCCACACAGCACUUCGCUGUUGGCUCAAGUUAUCAGUUUUAUUACGCUUACUAAGUACAACAUCAGCAUUAAGACCAAUAUUAAUCAGUGCUGUUGAGCAAACUGAAAGCUGCAAGCAGUGUGAUCAUUUAUAAAAUGAUUUUGCUUAAUCUCAAAAGGAACUCUUUAAUAAUCUCUCAAAAUGUGAUACGCAGCAAUUUCUGAGAGAACAGCUGCACAAAGCAGAAUUAACAGUUCUAUAUACAAAAAAAAGUGUUUCCCCAUCCUGAGUUACCACCUAUUACAUAAUUAUGCAGAUAGAAAUAGUUCACUCUAUGACAAGCAAGCUACCUAGAACACUUCAGCGUGUUUUGAUUUCCCAUCCCUUAAUUUAAAUUUUAGAUAUGAAAAGACACACAGCAACUUCAAAAAAUAUUUUUAAUAAGAAAAAUGGUAUUAAUCUGAAUAUAAGUACUUCUUUUCCUGGUAAGGCUUCUAAUAAUGAAUUUCCUUCUCAGAGCCAAUCACUAUGCACCUUCAGAUGCUUUUGGAAGUUGUUCCACCAGAGGAAGUUGCUGAAUAAAAUAUUUGGUGUGA